AUGGGAGGAACCUCAAAAAGUGAGGUUGUUGUUGAAAAUAUAGUAAUAAUAGGAGGAUUGAUAGGGGUGCAAUUUAUAUAUGCGGGGAACUCAGUAUUGCUGAGUUAUCUCAUGUCCUUGGGCCUCAAACCCCAUUCUCUCAUCAUUUUGACUACCUUUUCCACCUUCCUUGUUCUCUCUCCUCUCUGCUUUUAUUAUGAAAGGAGUAAAUGGCCCAGACAAUUCACCAUAAAGUUGUGGAUUCAACUGGUUUUAAUAUCUUUUGGAGGGGUAACAAUGUUCCAGUCUUUGUUCGUAAAGGGGAUCAGUCUAACUUCACCAGCAGUGGCAACUGCUAUGCCAAACCUUGCCCCGGGGCUCAUCUUCCUCAUUGCCUGGACUUUUAGAUUAGAGAGAGUAAAACUAGCUUGCAUGUACAGCAGAGUGAAGAUUGUAGGCACACUUGUGUGUGUCAUGGGUGCUAUUACAAUGAGCAUUAUGCACAGUGCCACGGACAUUUCUGCAGCGAAAGAGGCUCAGUUAUUGGAUUCUAUAGCUCGUGAUGACACGUUCGACGAAGAAAAGAUCAUUGGCUGCGUGUAUCUAAUGGCAGCAGUCCUUAUGUUAUCGAGCAACGUGGUCUUGCAGGCUACUACACUAGGCGAUUUUCCGGCACCAAUGUCCUUGUGUGCAAUAACAUCUUUCAUAGGUGUGAUUUUAAUUGCAAUUUUACAGUGGAUUCAAGAAAGGAGAAUUGAAACUGGUUGGCCUAUUUUGAGUGUUCCACAGUUGAUUGGCUAUUCUUUACUGGGGGGCAUGGUCAAUGGGACUUGUGUAAGCUUCAUCGGAUGGGUAAUGAAGAAAAGAGGACCGGUGUUUGUGUCCAUGUUUAACCCCGUUGCAACUGUCAUCUCUGUACUCCUCUCUCUCUUUACCUUAGGGCAAUACAUUUCUCUUGGAAGCAUUUCUGGUAUUUUCCUCAUGUUCACCGGUCUCUAUUCCGUGCUAUGGGCUAAAGGGAAAGAAGGUUACUCCAUUGCAGAUGAAGGUGACUUUGAUAGUGAGGGCGACGUGGAGAAGCCUCUCUUGAACUAAUUUAAUUUGUAUAUAUGAAUUUUUGUCAUUCAGUUGGUAUAUUCGAGAAAAAAAAAAAAAAAUUUGAAAGUUAGAAGAAGCUAAAUAUAGCUUGUUGGAGCACAUGAUUUGUUUGUGUGUUGAUGGUAUAGCUAGUUAUAGUGCACCAUAUAAAUGGUGAAUGAUGCUUUUAUAGAAUGUCUGUAAACAAGAUAGGAAAUGAUCUAAUGAAGA